AUGGUGGUCUUCAACCCGGCCCAACUCGCCUUUUGUUCAGGGUUUUGUUUACCGUUAAGGAGUCUAAACGAAUCGUAUCUACGUGUCUUAAUAUACCCGUGUCGAAUUGAGCCGAACCGUCCCCAUCUUUGGCCGCACCCUCCUGCCCCGCGCAUCGUGGCGCUGCGGCGGCUCGCCCGCCGCGCCCUGCACCGCGCGGCAUCCGUUACUCCACUACCCCCGCCCCUGCCAUUCGUCUCAUCCGAAUUCCGAGGCUGCACUCUCUUCCUCCGCUUCUCCACCACCUCGUCCACCCCGCCGCACUUCAUGGUCGACUACCUCGUCUCCACCUGCGGCUUCUCGCCGGCCAAGGCCGCCAAGGCGGCCCCGCGGUUCGCGCACCUCAGCUCCCCAGACAGGCCCGACGCCGCGCUCGCCUUCCUCCGCUCGCGAGGCCUCACCCGCGCGCAGGUCCGCUUGGUCGUGUCCUGCAACCCGGCGCUGCUCCUCAGCGACGUGGACGCCACCAUCGCACCCAAGUUCCGCGCCGUGCGGUCGCUGGGCCUCACCCGCGACGAGGCCGCGCGCCUCUUCGCGCUCUACCCGCCCGCUCUCACCUGGGGCGUCCACACCAACCUCCUCCCCCGCCUCCUCCUCUGGCUGGACCUCCUUGGGUCCACCAAGCUACUGAUGAAAUGGCUCAAUAAGACGUGGCUGCUCAAGUACAGCGUCGACAUGCUCCUGCAGAACCUCGCCACGCUCCGGGGCCACGGCGUUCCGGAGGCGCGGCUCGCCGCGACGGUGCGGCUGAAGCCGUCGCUGAUCAUGCAGGCGCCUGACAAGCUCCGGGCGCUGAUCGGGCGCGUUGAGGGGUGUGGGGUCCCGCGCAGCUCCGGGAUGUACGUGUGGGCGCUCUUCGCGCUGCACAGCGUCAGCGACGCCGCGUUCCGGGCCAAGAGGGCCGCCGUGAUGCGCGGGACCGGGUGCACGGAGCAGGAGUUCCUGGCCAUGUUCCGCCGCGCGCCGUGCUUUUUGUUUAUGUCCGAGGAGCUGCUGCGGCAGAAGGUGGAGUUCCUCAAGGCCACGGUCGGGUGCGGCGCGGACUACAUCGUCAGGAACCCCGUGCUGCUAACCCUCAGCCUCAGCAAGCGGAUGGUGCCGCGGUGCCGCGCCAUCGAGACCUUGAGGUCCAAAGGCGUGGACAUUGGCAAUGAGCGGUUGGUGAACAUAGUGAGAUCGUCGGAGGCCAGGUUCGUGGAGAGGUACAUACUGAGGUAUAGAGAUCAGGCGCUUGAACUCCUCGAGUUUUAUCCUCCUGACCACGGCAAGGCCAGCUCGCUGGGUGAUUGGUCCACCACUGGCAGCUCGCAGGGUGAUUGAUUCGUCAUUUCGUUCUGACAUUUGUGCGAUGUGUGUUGUUUGAAAAUUAGAGCGUGAAGUGACAUUUUUUUAAGGUGGUUUAGAUUUAGCAGAACAGAAGCUCGCACAUCCUUCUGAUUUAGCAGAUUUUUUUUUUGUCUCAAUGGAUUUAUAUUUCAAAGUACUUUUAAUAUGAUUGAUUUUAUAGCAAUUGACAACAUAUUAUAAGAGAAAUGAGCGGUAUUAUAUUUUACUAGCAUUUCGUUCUGGCA